AUGGCUAAUGUGGCAAACGGCAUUGGGACCACUAUAUUGACCUUUGAUAAACCAUGGAAUCUUUGUGUUGGUAUUUGCACUGAUUGUCUGAUGAAUGAGCUUUUUACUCUGCAUGUCCACCAUGGUGGGCAUUUCAUGUGGAACCCUCAAGCGUAUGUGGGAGGGACAAUUGAUAUAGUGGAUAACUGUGACCCAGAUAGGUGGUCAAAAGUAGAGAUUGAGAGUAUAUGUAGGGAUUUUGGCUACUCUGAAGUAGAUAAGCUAUGGUAUAAAAUGCCUGGUGUGGACCCAGAGCGGUCAAAUUUCCAUCAGGUGGUUGAUGAUGAUGCUGCUAUGUUCAUGACUGACUUGGUGAAGGGAUAUGGGGAGAUUCAUGUCUUUGUGGAGCAUCCAGUGCAUGAACCAGUUGAGUUACCAGUGGAGGAUUUUGAUCCCUUAGCUGCUGCAUUACCUGGUAGUGAAGUAGAAGGUGUAGGUGUAGAGGUUUUUGCUAGUGACAGAGUGCUUCAAAAUGAUAAUGAAGAGUACAGACCUGAUUUUUCACAAUUUGGAGGCCAUGAUGAUGCUGAAUUUGUUAAUGAGGAAGUUUGUGCUAGGAGGGCUGGCAAAGCACCAGUUGUUGAUGACCAAGUUGAGGAGAGUAGUGAGGGCAGUGAUGGUGCAUACUUGGGCAGUGAGGGUAGUGAGGGCAGUGAGGAUGAGAGGAGUGACUUAGAAGAAGAGGCAGAGGCAGAGGCAGAGCCAGAACCAGAAGUGCAACCAAUGAAUAUUGGUGAAGAUAGUCCUGAUAGUUGGGACAAUCAAGCUGAAAAUGCUGAGGUUGAAGCAGGACAAAUGGGUGGUGGUGUCAUGAAUUCUGACUAUGAGAGUGAGGAGUUGCUUAGCCUUGAUGAAUCAUCAUCAGGCAGUGAGGGUGGUGAUGAUUCAAGUGAUGAUGACAUCCCUGUUGUUGAGGUUGACAAUUCUAUUAGGAGCAGCAAAUAUCCAAUCUUUAGGCCAGUAGCCAAAGCUGAGAACCUUAGGUUUGAAAAGGAUAUGUUGUUCAUCUCAGCUAAACAAUUUAAAGAUGCCUUAACUGAUUAUGCAGUCCAUGGUGGGUGGGGUAUAAAAUUUGUAAAAAAUGACUUGGUGAGAGUGAGAGCCCGAUGCCAGCCAGGGUGCAAUUUUGUUGCCUACCUUGCAAAGGUGCCAAGGGAGAAGAGUUUUAGAUUGAAAACACUGAACAUGGAACACACAUGCAGCAGAAGCUAUAGAAAUCCAAGGUGCACAGCAUCAUACAUUGGGAAGAAGUUAGUGAAGAGGGUUAGGAGACAGCCUGGCAUAAAGUUUAAGGAUAUUCAGGAGGCUGUGCAUGAGAAGUAUGUGGUUGACAUAAGUGCAGGCAAGGCAAGUAGGGCUAGAGAGAGAGCUCAAGAUGCUGUUGAUGGGACCCACACUGCACAGUUCAACCAACUAUGGGAGUACUGUGAUGAGUUGAGAAGGUGCAGUCCUGAGAGCACAAUAUUGAUGAAGGUGCAUACUUAUGAGGAUGGUGAUUUGGCAGCUGAGCAUGGAUUGGCAACCGGGCUGCCAUAUUUUGAAAGAAUGUACAUCUGCCUUGAAGGUUGCAAGAAGGGCUUCUUGGCAGGGUGCAGGCCAAUCAUUGGUCUAGAUGCAUGCCAUCUGAAGACCAAGACAGGUGGUCAGCUGAUGUGUGCUGUUGGUAGAGAUCCCAAUGAUGAAUACUUCCCAUUCGCAUAUGCAGUAGUAGAGGCUGAAACAAAGGACAGUUGGACCUGGUUUCUUAAUUUAUUGCUUGCUGACAUAGGAGAUGACAAGCAAUGGGUGUUCAUAUCUGACCAGCAGAAGGGGUUGGUGAACACCUUUGUUGACAAUUGGCCACAGUACGAGCACAGGAUCUGCUGCAGACAUUUAUACCAAAAUUUGAGGAAAAAUCAUCCUGGUGUCAUUAUUAGAGACCUUUUUUGGAAAGCAGCCAAGGCUACCUAUCGGCAAGCAUUUGAGAGGGUAAUGAAUGAGCUAAAAGAGGUGGAUGAAGAUGCAUUCAAAUGGCUGCAAUCUCAGUCAACAACUAUUUGGGCUAGGCACAUGUUCAAAAGUGAUGGGCAGAGUGACACGGUCUUGAACAACAUGUGUGAAAGCUUCAACAGCACGAUAGUUAAGUUCAGGAGCAAACCUAUAAUCACCAUGCUUGAGUGUAUUAGGCUAUAUCUGAUGACUAGAUUUCAAGCAAACAGAGAAAUGAUUACGAAGGUGGAAUCUGAGUUGUGUCCUAAGAUAAGGAAGAGGCUGUACAAGGAGAAGUUGGCAUGCAGCAAGUGGAUAGCAUGUUGGGCUGGUCGUAUGAAGUUUGAAGUGAAGAAUGGGCUUGAGAGUUUCAUUGUGGACUUGGAAGAGAAGAAAUGCAGCUGUAGGAGGUGGGACAUAGUUGGCAUACCAUGUUGCCAUGCCAUUUCUUGCAUAUUUUUCAACAGAGAAGAUGCUGAAAAGUAUGUCAAUGCUUGCUACAAAAGGACUACCUACAUUGAUUGCUAUGAACCCAUUAUAGAGCCCAUCAAUGGCCAGAAUAUGUGGGGUCCUACUGGACUGCCACCUGUGCAACCCCCUAUCAAGAGGAGACCUCCUGGCAGGCCUAAGAAGAAGAGGGCACUGGAGCCUGAUGAAUCUAGAAGUCACAGAAAAAAAAGAGGCCUAGGCAUCUCAAAACAAUGCAAGUUAUGUGGGAAAUUAGGACACAACAAGAGGAGCUGCAAGGGAGAAGUAGGAGGGAACUCCUCCUUGCCUGGUAGUGCAUCCCAAGCCAGUGGGACCACUAGAAGGGCAGCCAAGGAUGCUCAGCCAACAGUACACAGGGCACAACCAAGCUCUAAUGAUGAUGUGACCACAAGUGCACCUCCAACCCCCACUGAUAACCAGUCCAAUCGAAGACCAAAAAAACAGAGGAAGAGAAGUGCAGUCACUACUGAAACCUUGAAUGCAACUGGGAAUGCAGCAAGAUAUAUGGCAGCAAUGAGAUCUGCUAAAAGAUAGCAAACUGAAGCAGGACCUUUUUUUUGUUGUGCUAUAUGUUGAAGCACUCUUCAUAUAUUUAUGUAACUGCUAGAACAAUUGGCAUAUGUUUAUGGGCUGACCAAAUCCUUUUUUGUAUGAAUGUGCUUUGUCACAUAUUUUGUAAUUAUUGUGGUACACCAAAAACUACCAUUGGUGUUAAAUAUUUUGUAAUUAUUGUGGUACACCAAAAACUACCAUUGGUGUUAAAUAUUUUGUAAUUAUUCUCCCAUUGUUAUGAUGAUUCAGCUUCCAUUA